CUAAAUACGUUUUCAUGCUAUAGAUUUAGUGUGUUGUUCUCUAGGACAGUGUGUGUUAGCUGUUUGUAUCUGUUAGCGUUUACUUUAGGUGUGUGUGUGUGUGUGUGUGUGUGUGUGAGAGAGAGUGUGUGUUAGCUCUCUUGUAGCACUAACCUUUAGAUUUGUACUCGUUAACACAAAAGGCCAGUUAGUGCACGGUGCUGCAGUGUGUAUUAGUGAGUAUAGUAGUUUUGCUGAAGUGUGUGUGUGUGUGUGUGCGAUCAUGUCGAUGGCAAUGGAGUUACUGGGCUUCUUGUUGUGUGUGGGUGGGUGGCUGCUGAGCGCCGUGAGUUUAGCGAAUAACUAUUGGCGUGUGUCGUCGUACGCGGGCAGCGUGAUCAUGAGCACACAGCAGUACGAGAACCUGUGGCAGGCGUGUGUGAAGGCCAGUACAGGAAUCAGUAACUGCAGACGCUUCGAGUCCAUGCUCGCACUGGAUGCCCAUGUGCAGGCAUGCCGUGCUCUGAUGAUCAUAGCCCUGCUACUUGGGCUCGCCUCGAUCCUCCUCUCUGUCCUGGGGCUGAAGUGCACCAAACUGGGCGGCAUGAAGGAGACGAGUAAAGGACGACUCACACUCACCGCUGGAUUGAUGUUCAUACUGUCCGGUUUGUGUGUGCUGACGGCUGUGUCGUGGUACGCAUCGCGCAUCGUUCAGGAGUUCAACGACCCCUUUUACGUGGGAACAAAAUCUGAGCUGGGAACUGGUCUGUAUUUGGGUUGGGCCGCGGCGGUGUGUGUGAUUAUGGGAGGAGCCAUGCUGUGUGGAUCGUUCAAGAGAGCAAGAUCACCAAAACCCACAGAUGGUUACAGGUACAAGUCGUCAGCCAAUCAGCAGAUCUAUAAAACAGGCACUCAGUUGGAGAGCAGCACCUCCAGAGCGUACGUCUGAGCCCAGAACCAUCUACACACACUCUACACACACUGGAAAUGAAAAUUGUCUAUAAAAAUGUUUCUGGCACAUAGUGUGUGUGAGUGUGUGUGAGUGUGUGUGUGUGUUGUUUGCGGUGUUAAACAGGAUGUCUUUGUGUUGUUAUUGUGAAUAAAUGUUUGCGAAAUUGCAGGCUUUUGCCUUUAUGAAUUAAAGUGCUUUUGUUUUGUGUUGUUGUUUGGGGUUUUUGUUUGUUUGUUUGUUGUUUGUUUGGGGGGGGUUGUUACAUUUUUUAGUAAAUAACAACAAUAGAUUCUAUUUAUAUAACUUCCGUUUUGGGUAAGUAGAGUAAUUGAUCAUUUCCGGUACUUGUUUUCUGUAUGUGGGGUUGGAUAAUAUUUUGGCAUGUUAAUGAGGAAUAAAUUAAAAAUUGUGGACUAUUUCUUUUCUGAUGUUUGAUGUGAAUAAAUCAGAACGGAUAUACUUGCGCCAUCUAGUGUCCUUUUAUUUAAACUGUGGUAGUAAUAAAUGUAACUGAAGGUUUCAUCAUUUUAAUAAAUCCUUUACGUUUUAUAUGCUCAUUUUUGUAUUGCGUUAUUAAUUAAUAAAGAUAUAACCGACAAUGUU